CAAACCGGAUGUUGAUUGUUUAUUUCAUAUUUCCCGCGAGGCGACGAAGGAACACCGUGACCACCUUCAAAAUACGUUAUAAUGUGAGCUGAUAUAUUUUUGCUGAGUCAGUGUCAGUCAUGUCUACUGGAGUCUCCUCCAGUGGUCGUAGAAAUGUGAAAAGAAAAACACUAGAUAACACUGAACCUGCAUCGGAUCCGUCAUAUAAAAACAUCCGACGUUGUCCUCACAGUGGCUGCCCCACCAAAGUCCCUAUUUGUUUUGUGGGUGCUACAGAGAGAUGUGCUGGGAGUGGCUACACAUCACGCUGGUAUCACACGAGUGCCGCUGAGCACUACUGCAAUGAAUGUUUUGAUCAUUACUAUAGAUGCCACAAGGAUGGUUACGAGGUGUACCUAGCCUGGAAGAAGUCUUGGAGCACACACGGGACAACGGACGCUAGCAUCAGGAUGUUCAUGACCAACAGUAUUCUGCCAUUCUGGGUCCAGUGUACAGAUUGCCACAAGUGGAGGCAGUGGUCCAAAAGCUCUACGCCUAUCCCAGAAUUCUUCAAAAAUUAUGUCUGUGGGACUAUGGCCUCGGGCAAAAAAUCCAAACUGGAAAAUCCUUGUGAAGUUCCUGAGGAUCAGAGAGUAAGCUUGACACGAGAUCCCUCAUGGACCCCCCUAUUGAGUAGUCUGUCUUACAUGAAGAAUUCCCCUGCCUGGCCCCACCUUACCUCUUACUUUCCAGACAAAUUAGGCAUGAGUCCAUCAGACCAUGAAGUCUUCAAAGAAAGAAAAACACCAGUGAUGAACAAGUACCUGCGGCCGUUUGUCGAAGUGGACAGUCCGGAGAUAGCCAGUGGUGUGGUGCCUGAUGUCAUGGAGGAGCUGGAAAUGGACGAAUUCCCCGAAUAUUCAGCCAUACCUUCCAUGUAUCUAGCCAUUAGAAAUAUUUGUCUAACUCUGUGGAACUUAAAUUUUAAGGAAUGGUUAACGAAAGAGAGGUGUGCCACCCAGAUCAUCUGUCGGGGUUUGGGGAGGGUGAUGUAUGUAGAGAGUCUGGACAAAAUCCUGUGGUUCCUCACGAAGCGGGGCCUGAUCAAUGUGGGGCUACUCAGUAUACCCAAGUCUCCUCAGGCUACGUAUAUAUCCAACAAAUUCAUCAAACCUAAUUUAUCUGUGAUAGUGAUCGGGGCAGGAACAGCUGGUUUAGCGGCAACAAAAAGACUUCAUGAACUGGGAGUAAAGGUAACAGUAUUGGAGGCAAGGUCAGAGAUAGGUGGGCGUGUCUGUGAUGACCAAUCAUUAGGUGUAUGUGUUGGGAAGGGUGCUCAGAUACUGAAUGGAGCUGUCAAUAACCCAAUAACCAUUAUCUGUGAACAGGCUGGUAUACCCGUAGUGAGACUGUCAGACCGGUGUGAGUUAAUCAGUGAGAAGGGAGAACUGGUCGAUCAGAAGACAGACAGUAGGAUGGACUUCCAUUUUAAUGCCAUUCUAGACAUCAUAGCAGAGUGGAGGAAGGGCAGGGAACUAGCACAGGAUACCAGUUUACUGGCCAAACUAAAGGAAAUGCAUCAGCAGUUUUUAGAUGAAUCUCAGCUUUCCUUCACCACAGAAGAGGAGUCCCUGAUGAAUUUCCACAUCAGUAACCUGGAGUACGCCUGCGGAGCCAAUCUGAAGGCCGUGUCUGCCAUCCACUGGGACCAGAACGAGGACUACCCCCAGUUCUGUGGGGACAAUCUCAUGUUACCCGAGGGCUACUCCCAAGUGUUAUCUAAGCUGUCAGAAGGGCUGCACAUAGAAUUGAAUACACAGGUGAAGAGAGUAGAAUAUGGGGAGGAAACAGUAACUGUCAUCUCAGAACAGGGGAAGGAAUGGAAAGCUGACAAGGUGUUGGUGACACUUCCCCUGGCUGUAUUACAAGAUGACGAUGUGGAGUUUGUCCCCAUCCUGCCAGAGUGGAAGUCAAAGGCCAUGAGGUCAUUAGGGGUCGGGAAGAUAGAAAAGGUCAUUUUGAGAUUCCCCAGACCCUUCUGGAGGAAUAAGAUUAAAGACUGUAGAGUGUUUGGACAUAUUCCUAAUGAGCUGGAGAACAGGGGAUACUUCAAUGUCUUCUAUGAUUUCUCUGUGGAAGAGGUGGAGAAGAUGUAUAUAUUGGUGACCCAUCUAACAGGAAAUGCCCUCAUUCUACGGGAAAGGUUAGACAGGGAUAUAGUGGCUGCCUCUAUGGAGGUCCUCAAAUUAAUGUUCCCAGAGGAGACAGUCCCAAAACCACUGGAUUAUUUUGUUACAAAAUGGACUAAAGAGCCGUUCUCCAAGAUGUCCUAUAGUUACAUACCCAUAGGAGUGGAUGGGGAUGCUUACGAUAUCAUGUCACAGGAUGUGGGAUCCAAAAUCUACUUCGCAGGAGAGGCCACAAAUCGACAGUUUCCCCAGUCUGUUACCGGAGCAUACAUUAGUGGAAUACGGGAGGCACACAAAAUCUUCUCCACGCUCGUAGAAGAUGACACAUGAAACUGACAACAUGGACUAGAUCAUUUUUUUACGAAAGUUAUUUAAGUUCCUAAGUGGCAGUGAAAUUGACAGUCUUCAUUGACAAUUCACGGUCAGCAAAGGUUCGUAAUAUGUACUACCUCAGCACUUAACAAGAGUGAAUGUUGAUGGACUUGGGAAGAUAAAUACAACCCUUAACUUGAUAAAAGACUUACGAGAGAAAAAAUACAAGAUGCCCCUUUUCAUCUUCUCGUUAUUGUCAUCCAAAAAAAACAACCAAACAAACAAAA